CUGAUCUACGCAUGGAGCCUGGGUUUAUCCGCCAGUAAGCCUGUAGACAGAAGCAGGGCACACAGUGAGAAAAUAAAGAGCAAAAAGAGGGUGACUGUUGCUAGAGAUAAGCACGGCUGAAUCAAUCAAGAUGAACCACAGCUCCAACGAGAAAGAACCUGAGACCAUAGAGUCACUGCGAUAUCUCAGUAAAACGGAGGUGGCGACCAUUGAGAUGGAGCUCCUGAGGGACUAUCGCUUUGGGCAGCAGCAGCUGAUUGAAAUAUGGGGCCAUGCUUGUGCUAUUGCUGUCACAAAGGCUUUUCCUUUGAGCUCCCUGAGUAAAAAGCAGCCCACCCUGCUGGUUGUUUGUGGUCCUGAGCAGAACGGCUCCAUUGGUCUGGUGUGUGCCCGCCAUCUGCGCAUGUUUGAAUAUGAGCCCACCAUAUUCUAUCCCAAGCGCUCUCCUGAGAGUUUGCACCAGGACUUCACUGUUCAGUGUGAGAAAAUGGACAUCCCUUUCCUGUCCUAUCUUCCUACGGAGGUCCAGCUGUUAAAUGACGCCUACAAUCUGGUGAUCGAUGCCAUCCUGGGACCAGAAACCGAGCACAAGGAGGAUAAAGAGCCCUACGCUGGGAUGCUGGUGACUCUCAAACAGGUCAAAAUACCCAUCGUUAGCAUGGACGUGCCUUCAGGUUGGGAUGUUGACGAACCCGCCAAAGAUGGGAUAAAUCCAGAAGUUCUCAUUUCUCUGACAGCUCCCAAAAAGUGCGCAACAGGUUUCUCAGGAAAACAUUUUCUGGCGGGACGAUUCCUGCCCUAUGACAUUCAGAAAAAAUUUGAACUUAAUCUGCCAGAAUUCCCCGGCACGGAAUGUGUUAUUGAACUGUAGCCAUUUAUACAGACCUGUAUUUUGAAUAACAAGGACGUUUUUCCCCUUUCGUAUUUUUUAGAUUGUUCUGUGGCAUUCAUUUACUGACAAAUAUGACUAGAUACUUUGAAUAGAUAAGGUGAGUUUUCUUUGGAAGCUUGUUUCUGUUACGGAAUGAGAAUAUACAAAAGAUAAUUGCAAAUCAAUCUCACAAUUCUGACUUUUUUUUAAGUUCUGAGUAUAUAAUCUCUGAGAUAUAAUGAGAUAUAAUCUAUAUCUCACAAUCUGGCAAUAUAAACUCGCAAUACAGAAGGGAAUUUUUGUUUUUCUAGCGCUUCAGAGUUUACAUCACGCACUUCUGACUCUGACUCACGUUUGUGAAUUGUGUCUUUUCUUCUCAGAAUUGUUACUUGUAUCUCACAAUUGCGAGUUAUAAUCUCACAAUUGUGUUUUUAUAUCUCGCAAUUCUCAAGUUUUCUCAGAAUAACUUCUAAAUAGUCUAAAUUGUGAGAUAAAGUCACAAUUGCCUUUAUUAUUAUUUUUUUUUUACCUUGUGACAGAAACAAGCUUUCAGUCCCAAGAGAUGGGUUUAGAAUUAUUUAUUAAGUUUUGCAAAUUUUUUCUUAACUGUUGAGUUCUCAAAAUCACUAUUUUUUUUUUAAUACAUUAGUCUUUUUAAUGUUAGAUAAAUUCAAGUGCAUUACCCUGAACGUGCCUCCGGUCUAAUGUGCACAACACGUACAAACCCAAUGCUUUUCCGCUGGACUUUUACUCCAAUUACAAAUUUAUUCAUCUGUACUUUUUUGGAAAGGUUUAAAAUAUAAAAUAAUCCCAGGCUGACAGACAUAUAUGUAAAUCAUUUAGUUUUUACUAUGCAUUACUCAGUGUACAUGUGUUUUCUUAGUUCUUAUAGGUCGAAUGAAUAAAUUAUCUAUGUAAAAA